AUGGGUCGGUCGUCGUCGUCGUCCGAUGACGAUUCUCCGAAGAAACACAAAAAAGCCGCCUCCACUUCCUUCAAUGACGGCCAACACCCGCCGCCUCCGUACCCUCCCGCCUACCCGCCUGGUUACAACAACCAGUACCCGCCCGGUUACAACUACAAUUACGCCGGUUACAACUACCCGGCGCAGGCCCCGCCGGCGGCCUACUACCACAACAACGGCGCCGGCGCGUACCCGACCCAGCAGGAGAUGAACGCGGCGGCCGGGUUCGCCCGGGGAUUCCUCAUCGGGAUGAUGCUCCUCUUCUUCUGCAUCUUCGCCUCCACCAUCGUCCUCUGGGUGGUGCUCCGGCCGCAGGUGCCGGAGUUCCACGUCGAGUCCCUCGCCGUGGCGAAUUUCGACGCGAAGCAGUCGAGCUUCGCGGCGGCGUGGGACGCCAACUUGACGGCUAAGAACCCGAACACGAAGAUCCGGUUGUAUUUCAACCAGAUCGAGACGUUCAUGUUCUACGACGACCAGCCGCUGGCGUCGUCGUACGCGAACCCGUUCAGCCUGGAGACGGGGGCGGCGGCGGGGAUGACGACGAGGCUGGCGACGAACAGCUCGGUGGACGAGGAGGUGGAGAACGAGGCGGUGGAGAAGAUGGCGGAGGAUUACAAUGGCCCCGGGGCGGUGGAGUUUAGCCUGAGGAUGGCGGUGUGGACGACGUUCAAGUCGGACUCGUGGUGGACGCGGCGGUCGACGGUGAGGGUGUUUUGCGAGGAGUUGAAGGUCGCGUUUGUCGGGAAGACUGGGAAAGGGAGCUUGGCUCCGGAUACCAAUAGGGAUUGUUUGGUUUUUGUUUGA